UUGUUCAAUUUUAUUAUCUUUCCUGAUUCUUGUAUUAGAUUAUGAGUACUUGCCGUAGAUUUGAUAUUGUGAGACUAUAACGUUGAUUUGUUUCUCGAUGAGUACUUGCUGCAUGAUUUUUCAAGUGCAUGUUCAAGUUUACAUGUGAAAGAAAGGAUUUCGCUUGAUAGGUGUUUGCAAUAAUGCUUGUCCCAUGUGGGCUGGUGCACAUCCCUGUCUUUGGCUGAAGAACUCUUGGGCCACCAUGACCAGAAUUCUUGCCGCCUUGCGACACAAUUUCUUAACUUUUUGCCUCUGCAAACCAGACCAGUAAUCAAUAUAAUGCAAUAUUGGACACACAAUACCAGUAGGAUCUGAGGGCAUGAUGAUUCCAUUAAAGCACGCGUUGUUCCUGGUCUUCCAAAUUGACCAAACUACAGCAGCUACUCCACAAGCUACAAGCCCUCUACUACUAACAGGGAGCUUACUAAUCCAGACAGGGAUAUCAUAAAAAACACUAGGUAUCUCUUGCAAACUAAACGUACAUUUGAUCACAUGCCAAACAUAUCUGGCAACAGGGCACAAGAAGAACAAGUGAUCUAUCCCUUCUCUAGUAUUACAAAAUAUGCAAUUUGCACUUCCUUUCCAUCCCCGGUGCAAUAAGAUAUCUUUGGUCAGUAUACUUUUUUCAGUAACUAGCUACAAGAAGACUUUAAUCUUAAGGACAGUAUAACUAAGAUUGCCCUCAUAUUUACAUCAUGGCCGAUCUUGCCCGAAUUAUGUUUAGUAUCUUGCUCUGAUCCGUAUUACUAGUCAUUAAUGACAGUACAAGAAAGAUGGCCAAUGAAGAAUUGCUGAGGGAUAAGCUUGAUAGUUAUUGGCAGGCCUUAUAAAAACAUUGAUCUACUAAUUAGUGAACCUUUUAAGAAUAUAUGUACUUUAUAAUAAUACAUUUUCGUUUACGCGAUGUUAACUUCUCCCUUCGUUCCUAAAUAUAUGUCUUUUUAGAGAUUCCACUAUGGACUACAUACGGAGCAAAAAAUGAGUGAAUCUACAUUCUAAAAUAUGUCUAUAUACAUCCGUACGUAGUCCAUAUUGAAAACUCUAAAAAGACAUAUAUUUAGAAACGGAGGGAGUAUUAUCCAGAAAAUUUGAUUUUGCAACACUAUGCUUGGAUAGUUUGUAGUAGCGUUAUUUGCAUGUAUGCUCUCACUUGUGCCUAGUCACAUCUCCUCCUCCAAAAUCUGGUAUCUCUAUCAAAAUAGGGCUUGUCCAGUAGACCAGUACCCCCAAGCCACUGUGGCAGCAGCAGCGGUGAGGUGAGGAAGGCGGUUAUAAGCAUGGAGCCCAAAGAGAAGUCCGAAACGACCAGCGCUGCCAGCCCACCUCCACCGCGGCUGGACUGCAUAAAGUGCUUCGAUGCGCUAUGGUUCUGCUAUACCCCUUUCCACCAGCUGCAGACCUACUACCGCCAUGGGGAUUUUGACACCUGCUUCGGCAAGUGGGGCGACCUCGUUGACUGUCUCUCGCUCAAGACGAAGCGGAGGGCGGAGGUAGAGGAGAUCCUCAUCGCGCGGGAGAAGGCCAAGCCGCACAUCUGGACCUUCCGGACUGUCGAAGAGGCGCAGGCGAACUGGUGGCAGAUGUACAAGCACAAGGUGGUGAUGUCGUCGCCACCCAAGACUGUAGGUUCUGCUGCGCCUCCUCCUGGAUCAUCUGGUGCUCUUUCCUGAGAAUUGAAGGUCGGGGGAGCCUACAGAAGCGUCGAUUGCGCUUUUGUGCGCCGUGCUUGGACCGCUGGUCUUUGUUCAGACUUGAAUGUACCCUGGCAGGGUAAAUAAUUGGAACCUUGGAUGGAAAGAUACCUUGAUCCUGUUCUGUAGAUCAUGGCAGGCAACUGAACCAAGAUGUUCUGGUGGAUUGCUCUUUUGCUAUUUUUUGCACAAGCUCUGAUGCUAGCUUUUUUGCUUAGUUGCUUAUCAGGCAUAAAUGUUCUCCCUCCUGGUUCUUCAA